UGCGCGUAUAGAGGCAAGACGCGAUUUGUGUCUGUAGAGAAACUUUGCUUAUCGAUUACGCACGUAACACAUUCAGUGAGCCACACUCAACGAUAAUCGUGUGAAAAUUACUAAAUUUUAAUUCUUAUAAAAAAAAAAUUAUUAAAUGUGCUAACUACAUUUUCGGCUGCUAAAGGAUAAUCACAGACAGGAUGCUGUAGUCAGCGCAGUGCGAAGAAGCAAACCAAUAAAGCAUAGUUGAGCGAGCGAGAGAGACAAAAGAGACAACGCCAGCGGCAGCAGCGAAGCAAAGAGCAGAACGAGAGGCGUUUAAUAGCGUUGAGAUAGUGACAGGAUGAAUCCCUACAAUGCUGGAGCUGGAGGAGGAGGUGCAGCCAAUCCAUUUGGAGCGCCUGCAUCGAAUGUUGGCUAUGGACAACCACAGCAGCAGCAGCCGAACAUGGGUUAUGGCUAUGAGCAGCAGGCAACUGGUGGAUACGAUCAAGGCGGAGGAGUUGCCUAUGGACAACAGCAGCAGCAGCAGCAGGCGGGCUAUGGACCUCCAGGCGCCCGACCGCGUGUCGAUGUGGAGGCUAGUGGCGAGGUGGAUCCGAAUUUGUAUCCUGAGGCCAAGGAUUCAACGCACAAAGUACGCGGACACUCGGAGAUCUUGCAAAUGUUCUUUGGCGCCACGGAGCAGGAGCUGAUUCCCGUCAAGAGUUUCUACUUCUUCUUCUACGCCGCCUUUGGUUCGCUCUUCCCGCUGAUGGGCGUCUACUUCAAGCAGAUGGGCAUGAAUCCGGGUCAAUGCGGCAUUCUCGUUGGCAUGCGUCCGUUUGUCGAGUUCCUUUCGGCGCCCUUCUGGGGCUCCUAUGCGGAUCGUUGUCGCCAGGGCAAGAAGCUGCUGCUGGCCUCGCUCGCCUGCUGGGUGCUCUUCACCAUACCGUUGAGCUUCAUCCGGCCGGAAGCCGUCAAUUGCAUUGAGCGUCGCAAUGCCACCGAUUUUGUGCUCACUUAUACGCGCACCAAGCGCGACACUUCGGCCAUGUAUGAGCCGGAUCAUGAGCUGGCCUACGAUGAGCUGGACAUGCUCGCCGAGGAUCAGGAUGAGGAGCAGGUGUCGCACAUUAGACGCAAGAGAUCGCUGCUCUUGCCGCGCAUUGAUGCGGGCAUCUCUCCAGUGCACAUCAACUUUGUGAGCAACUACGAUGAUAAGAAUCACAGGGAUUAUGUGACGCCCAUCUUCAGCUCUAUGGUUUAUCGCACACCAGACAUCCAAAAGGCAUUCUUUUUGCUGUUGCUGGUCAUCCUUAUAGGCGAGUUCUUCAGCGCUCCAGCCAUUACCUUGGCAGAUUCGGCAGUCAUUACGCUGCUGGGCGAGGAUGCGGAUAAGUAUGGACAUCAGCGAAUGUUUGGCUCCCUCGGCUGGGGCAUCUCAAUGUUCUUGGUGGGCAUUGCACUGGAUCACUCCACCUCGUUCUCCAAUCAUCCAUGCGGCGCUGGCAACAAGGAAAAGAACUAUAACAUUUGUUUCUCCAUCUUCUCGGUGUUGAUGACCUGUGCCAUCAUCUCGGCCGCGAAGAUCACGUUCAAGUACGAGCCCGUGGAUGAGAGUCAACAGCAGGCAUCGGCACAGUUUGUGGAUCCCAACAAGAAGGCCGAGGAGGAGUCGAUGAAUCAGCUGGCCGCUCAACUCAAUCUACCAUCACUGGCUGUGGGUAGCGGCAGCGCCGCUUCAGGUGCCUGCGCUGGUGGCGUCAGCAGUUUCCUUGCUGCUGGCCAUCAGGCGCAACCGCAUAUUGGGGCCGAGUCCAAGGUGUUUGCCCAGACGGCCAAGGAGUUGCCCGAGUGGAUGACGGUGUUGACCCACUUCAAGGAUGUGAAGACAGCGUCGUUUCUGUUUGUCGCCUGGUUCAUGGGCUUUGGCAUCGGUUUGAUUUUCACUUUUCUGUUCUGGCAUUUGCAAGACUAUGGCGGCACGCCCACAUUGUUCGGUGUCGCUUCCGUGAUCAAUCAUGUGUCCGAAAUCUUUGCCUAUUUCUUUAGCUUCCGCUUGAUCACCCAAAUCGGUCAUGUGAAGGUGCUGUGCUUGGGCCUCAUUGGCAAUGUGCUGCGUUUUCUGUACAUCUCGUAUCUGACCAAUCCGUGGAUGGUGUUGCCCUUCGAACUGAUGCAGGGCAUCACACACGCCGCCGUCUGGGCGGCCUCGUGCUCCUACAUUGCUCACAACACGCCCAAGCACUUACGCGCCUCGGGUCAGGGGGUGCUGCAGGGCAUCCAUCAUGGCUUGGGUCGUGGCUGUGGCGCCAUCAUUGGUGGCAUGUUUGUCACCUACUACGGUACUACUGCUACCUUCCGUUGGUAUGGUAUCGCUUGCCUCUUCGUGCUCGGUCUCUUCAUCUUCAUCAAUUUCUAUCGCAAAGAGCAGGGCUUCAUCUCGGACAUUCCCGUCACCGAGGAUCCGCAUCAGGUGGCUGAGGAAACUUCUCACUUGGCUCCCCAUGGCGUGCCCAGCAAUCCGAUACCGCGUGCUCUGUCCAAUUCGCGUUUGAACGAAAUGAAUCCUAAUGGCGGACCCUAUGGCACCUAUCAGACCACUGGCGGCAAUCUGGAUAUACCCGGCGGCGGUGGCGGUGCACAUAAUCCGUUCGCACAGUAAAUCGAUGGCUUCCCAGAGAUUACACAAAGAGUCCUCGCAAAACCACAAGAACCUGGAGACAACUUGGCAAAAGAAACCGCAAAAGAUACAUAGAUACAUUUAACAUAGAUACUUUCUCAUAGCAACAACAGCAGAGAACGAACCACAUUUACAUAGACAUAAUGAUAUAUACACAUACUUACUUAUAUGGUAUAUAUAGAGGGAGUAUAACCGCAAACAUAUCUUGGACAUUGGCCUGCAAUAUUAAUUGCCACUCACAUUGCUUUAUUAUGGUUUUUUGGUGCUUAUACACACAUAGAUACAUACGAUUACACUCACAUAGAUAUAUUUUAUAUUGAGACUUCAUAUACAUAGAGAAAGCAAUCCGGGAUACAGUUAACUUUGGCUUAACUUGGUUCAUUUUAUUGAAAGCAAUUCAAACGAAUUUUCAUAUAGUUGCUUAGCAUACAUAUAUACGACUACAAGAUAUACCCUGCAUUGGGUUGAUCAAAGAUAUUUACAAAGCAUUUUUGAUAUUAUUUGCAUCGCGAUCAUAUCAUAUAUAAGCGACGGACUCCAAUGGAGUUGCAUCGAAACCAAGCCAUAGACAACUAGAGGAACCAACAACACCAACAACAAGCACACAAAAAAACACACACCACAAAAAAAAAAGAAAAAGAAAAACACGUUACACAGAAAGUACCUAUAAAUAUAAUGAAAAUGAAAGUAGCAAAUGAUAAAUAAAAACUAACAAAGUGGAACAUGAAUAUCAUUUUAAAAAAUGGAGUAUGCGAAUUUCUUUCAAAGAAUUGAGAAUAGAAGAUUUCCAUAUUUUAGUUUAGUUCUUGACAAAUUUUACAUUCGAAAAAUAAAAAUGUAGCUGCAUUAAAUACAAAUCGAAUAUCGAAAAAAUGUUAAAAAAAAAUUAUAUAUAGUGAGAAGUGAAGAAACAAAUAUGGUAACGAAUGAUAUUAUGAAAAUCCGCCUCAUUGCAAUCAACUGUUAAAUAUCUAAUUUAAAAUAUUGAUAGCAUACUAUAUACUAUACAUAUUUAUAUAUGUAUGUAUUCUAUUAUAAAAUGGCUAUUUUGAAAUAUUUGUCGAAUACAAAUGAGAUUGACGCACCAAAAAAAUGAAAACAAAAGGGAAAAAUAAUAAAAUACAAAUGGUGUCUAGUUAAAUAACAUAUUCAGCAUUGUACCUAAGAGAUACUUUGGUUCGUUCAACUUGAUAUUAUUAUGUAAACUAUUCUAGCAAAAACAAAAACUCUUACUCAAUAUAAAUGUACUUAUAUAUACACAAGAUAUAUUAAAUAUUGUUAAUGAUAACAACAAAGAGAGAAAACUCUGUCUUAGAUAUUGUUGAUCAUAUUUUAUGGAUAUGUUUCAAGAAUUUUCGGAUUAAUAUUAUUAUAAUUAUACUAUACAGUUCUUAUGUACAGCACUUUAUGAAUCUUUGGGUAACUUAGAAUUGAGCAUAAUUACAAAUAAUUAUGUUUAAAUACAAGGCACGAAAGUUAUGUUAAAUGGGCCGCAAUCUAACCAAUGGCUCUAUAUAUUUACUUAUACCUAUAAACAUACCAUAUUACAUAUACCUAACAUACAUACAUAAAUGUACAAGUAUUAUAUACAAAGCACAUGCCAUACCAUAUUAUACAUACCCCCCAAACAAAACAAACAAUCGAAUAAAACCCAUAAAAUUAAACAAAACAAA